AACCACAUUUUGCACUUGUCUGACGGUUAAAAUGUUAUCACUCACAGCAUAUGCACCUUCAAACUAUAAUUGAGUUGUAUUUAACUUUUUUUUUUACAUUCAACUCAUUUGGUGUGCAUAUUUACGAGCGUCACUCUAAUAUCUUGGAUGAUAUUUCAUGUUUCAAAUGGAAUCCAUUGAUUCUUUCAUGUACUACCCGAAGGAGCCGCGAGACUACUCGUAGUAUUUAUACCGCAAUUUGAGAAUCAUUUGCACUGGCUGUGAUUUGCCUCAAUUGGCUGCUUCAUACCAAAAUGGCCAACUAUCAACGUAUCAACAGCAAAUAUCUGAGCGUCUUGGUGUAUAAUAUGUAGAUGGUAUCAAGCAAUCUAUCAAGCAAUUUAUCCAUGCUUGUAGUACCAAUUUUAUCUAUCAAUGGACUCAAUGAUACCUAUUUGAGGCAUCAAAAGUAUCUAAGGCAGGGUGUCGAUGGCAUCUUCUAAUGUAACAAUGGCAUUUGUCAAUGGGAUCAAUAAUGAUCUGUCAGUCAUGUGAUGGGUGAGUUCUCUGGCAUAUUCAAACCCCCAAAAGGCGAGUCAUUCGUUAAAAGACGAUUAAGAAACAGCCAUUCCGAGAGGGAUUUGGCGCCACCUAGUGCUUGGGCCUGAACGACCACAAGGCUUUGAUAUAGCCAGCAAUACCGAGGAAACGCCACUAGGUGGUAGCAUCGCUCUGCAAAUGCCAUCCCGUUUCCUCAACCGUUCAGGUGUCUUCAAACGGUGAGUAGUUUCUAUUGAUUCUAGUUUUAUCAAACAGCAAUUUAUUUGCAUUUGAGCCUGGGAUGAAUCAAUUCAUUUGAUAUUAUUUGUUUUAACAACAGAGCAAUUUGGGAAUGAAUUAUUCAUUUCAAAUCCACCAGGGGGCGCUCUCUGAGCAACCAGCCCAUAAGGAGGCCAUAAGAAAGCCUCACAGGUGGACAUUUUCACACCUCAUACACGACGCCCGGCAAGAAUGGCGAGGACAGAAUGUCUAUUUUGGAGAGCCACUCACAAGGGCACUGGAAUCUAUAUAUCCAGCCUCUUUGUGCCCUUCUCAUCUUGGAAAAAGCAGCCGGCCUGUCGUUUUGUUGCAUAUUGUGACGGAGACACAAGAAGAGCUGAACUAUGUCUGAUGCGACUUCGAGACCAAAAAUAUCUGCAUCGCGCAGACUGUUUUUGAAGACCAAAAUGAUCAAGAAGGCCAUGGUGAUGCUGGAGAAUGACAAGCAAGUGAGACAAGAUGAACGGGAAAGAAUUCUGACCGAGAGAGUUCCAGAACUCCAGAUGUCAAGCUUGUCUACACAGGAGCUGCAAACUCUUUGCAAAGAGCUUCACCAGAAGAUUGACGCUGUCGAUGAGGAUCGUUAUGACAUUGCUUUAAAGGUGGCCAAAAACGAUAUUGAGUUGCGGGACCUGUCUCAGAAGAUCUACGAGUUGAAGGGCAAGAUGAAGAGGCCGAACCUGAAGAGGGUGAGGGUGUCUGCAGACGCUAUGUUGGGAGCGCUGCUGGGCUCCAAAGUCAAAGAGUCUGUGGACUUCAAGGCCAACCUCAAGACUGUGAAGAAAGAGGAGGAGAAGAAAGAGGAAGUGACAGACUGGCGCAAGAAUGUGGACGCCAUGUCAGGAAUGGAGGGCAGAAUGAAGCUGUUCAAUGCUGGCCAGUAGACGACAGGCUUGUCGUCUUUGCGAAGACAUUUGCCACUUGAAUGACUGUUGCUCACUUUUCGAAGAACAUUUUUAGUAAUGUUGCUUAUCUGUGGAGGGAAAUCGUAAAAACUGCAUCUGUGUGAUCAUUCUCAGUAGGAAGAAUAGCAUAACCAUGUAAGGGUAACAUUUGAAUCUUAAGUUUUCCUAUCAACAGUAAGCAAUUGCAGUGAGUACAGAACAUCAUGUUAUGUAUAAACAUGUGCUUGAUGCAAAAUCUGAGUCGAGUCCGGAUGAUGCAUUCAUAAAAAGGUGAAUAUU